AUGCCAUUUGCCCAAAUUGUUAUCGGACCCCCCGGUUCAGGAAAAUCAACAUACUGUAACGGGUGUUCUCAAUUUUUCAACGCCAUCGGCAGGCAUGGCCAAAUAGUGAACAUGGAUCCAGCUAAUGAUGCUCUACCAUAUCCAUGUGCAGUAGACAUUCGAGAUUUUGUGACUCUGGAGGAGAUUAUGCAAGAGCAACAACUGGGCCCCAAUGGAGGGUUGAUGUAUGCUGUGGAAUCGUUAGAUGAAUCCAUCGAUCUUUUCAUACUACAAAUAAAAUCUCUAGUUCAAGAGGAGAAGGCAUAUUUAGUCUUUGAUUGUCCUGGACAAGUAGAGUUGUUUACUCAUCAUUCAUCUCUGUUCAAAAUCUUCAAAAAAUUGGAAAAGGAACUAGAUAUGCGAUUUUGUGUGGUGAAUUUGAUUGAUUCUUUCUAUAUUACCUCCCCAUCACAGUAUGUUUCCAUUUUGCUGUUGGCUUUGAGAUCUAUGUUAAUGAUGGACCUACCGCAAAUCAAUGUUUUCUCCAAGAUUGAUAUGCUGAAAUCCUAUGGAGAACUACCUUUUAGAUUGGAUUAUUACACAGAAGUGCAAGAUUUAGAUUAUUUACAGCCAUUUAUUGAGAAGGAGAGUUCCAGUGUUUUGGGUAGAAGAUAUAGCAAGUUAACAGAAACGAUUAGUGAAUUGGUUUCCGAUUUUAAUUUGGUCUCAUUUGAAGUCUUAGCUGUAGAUGAUAAACAAAGCAUGAUUAAUUUACAAAGUGUAGUAGACAAGGCUAAUGGAUAUAUAUUUGGAGCAUCUGAAGUAGGUGGUGAUACUGUUUGGGCAGAAGCCACGCGAGAAGGUGCAAUGAUGGUAAAUUAUGAUAUACAGGACAGAUGGAUAGAUAACAAAGAAAAGUACGAUGAAGAGGAGAGAAAAAGACAAGAGGAACAAGCCAAAGAGCAGAACAUGCAAGAAAAGGAGGUAGACGUGGAUAAUGAGGACGAAUGGGAAAAGGCAUUGAAGGAUUGGGAAGAAAAACAAGGAACAGGCUAUGUAAGGUAA